AUGUUGCUGCUGGAAAGAAUGAACACCCUGAUUGAGAACAAGUACGCCAAAUCGCACUGGAAGAGGAAAAAGUUCGUUUGGAGGUACAGCUUAUACUUCACCAUUUUUUACAUUUGUGUAUCAUUGGGUAUUUUGUACACGUUAAUAGUUAGACUUUUCAUUUCGUGGGAUUCAUACAGCAACCAUUAUUGUCCCUCCUCUACGAUCCAAUCUGUGAAGAGAAUCUACAUGGUGAUUCUCAUAUUUUUAGCAUUGAUGGUAUUCUUGAAUUUCCUUUUUUCGCGCCUCACAUAUAUUUACUCCAAUUUUACGAAUAGGGAGUUUUUUAACUCAGGCAUUUUUUACGCCCUCCUAGGGUUCAUAAUUAAAUAUAUGUCAUGGAUUUUGUCCUUCGUAUACAUUUGCUGGAUCUGCUUCCUUUUUGUAAAUAUGAUGAUAAUAAGUUUUUGGCCACAAAGGUGGUGCACUUCCAAAUACAAUGCGUACGGGAUGGACGCGGUGCGCAACUGCUUCUUGGUGAAGAAUCGGGCCACAGGAUGCGAAAUCGACAAAGCACUGCUGAACCUACGGACCAAGGACAGCUGCAACGACUACAACAUUUUGAAGGUGCAAAAUUUUCUCUUCCUUUCGCGAUCAGCUCCAAACCAAGCAUGCACAUUGAAGGAUAAGAAGCUGUGCGAAUUUUUUGUUGACUUUAUUAAAAAUAAGAACACCUCAUGGAGUUCCUUCCCGAACUGCUCUGGAAACACCCCCGAUUUUAAGGAAGAACAUUUCCUUGAAGAACCCACCAUGAAAAGUGACAUUUACUUAUUUUCGGUGUCUGUAAUAUUUUUUUGGUUUAUCACCACAAUGAUCCUCAUUGCCCUUUUCGUAGUUGUCAGGGUGAGCACGCCCAUCGAUUCCUCUUUCGUGGUGAAUGAAGAACGCUUCAACUUUUUUUUCAAGUUUACGCGCUUCCUGGAUGUAUGGAGAUGA